UCCCGGCUCCCGCCCUCCCCCGCGCGGAGGAGAUGGGCGAACCCGUCGAGGACGGCGCAGCAGCUUCUUCUUCUUCUUUCUCCUCCCGCUCGUCCUCGUCCGGCGCCGAUGAGGGCGCGUUACAGGAACCGCUUCGCGGGUACGGAGCGCGCGCGCCGCCUGUCGCCGGCGUCGUCAAGCCGAUACCGCGGCGGCUCUGGGCGGCGGUGCGCGCCCGCGCGCCAAGGCUGCGCUACGCGUGCGAGAACGCGGCGGGGGAAUUCGUCGCGUGGACCAGGCAGGGCGGCGCGCCACGCGCUCUCCUCGUCGUGUCGGUCGGAUCCGUGGCGCUCCCAGCGCUAACAGGCCUCCUGAUCGUCGUCGUCUUCGUGGCGGCGGCGGCGACCAACGCCGUCGUCUUCUCCGUCCUGGUGUCCAUGACCGCCGCCGGGGGGUUCCUGGCCGUGCUGCUGGCUCUCCUGGCCGCGGCGUAUGCCUGCGCCCUGUCAGCUGCCGUCUUUGUUAUCUCUGCCACGACCAUCGCAACCAUCAUCGCCGUCACGAUUGCAACUGGCUGGGCUGCAUUCUUCUGGGUUCUUUGGUUUGCCGCCAGAGAAUGCCUGAACCUGACGACUAAGCGAUGGACGACCGGCGCGACAAUCCCGUGAUCUGAGCAUGUGUAUGAAACUAAUUUAUGCGGACUCAAACACACACUGAAGUGCAUGCUAGUUUUUUUUUUUUGGUCCAAAACAAAUGUUAUGUAACCUCUACCAUCUAUCUAACUUCUGAAGCAGAGGCUAAUUUAAGCGCUUUAUUCAGGAUUCGAGUACAAGAUUUAUAUUUU